UUUGCGCAUUUCCUGCAGCUCGCGCUCACUCACAGAUUCAGGAGAGAGCGAGAGAGAGAGCGAGGACGGGAAACGGGGGGGCGCGCGCAAGGAGGAGAAAAAAAAAACCGAACGGGAGCGGAGCACCGUGAUGUGGUAGGGGUGCUCGUGAGCCCGAAAAAGACUGCAUUGAGGGGGCAUAGCUUUCCGAGAGCACGCGCAAAUAUCGCGGUACCGUGAGGUCGAAGCAAGGAGAUUAUCCCGGAGAAGAGAAGAGAGCGAGGGGCUGGAAACGGAGCACCAAUCCCGGAUGGCUAGGCGCGGCUGCUCGCGCUCUCUCCCACCCUGACCCGGGAGAGACACACACAAGGGACCGUGGGGAGGCUCCGGGGCUUCACAUGAACCCAGCCGGAGCUCGGUAACCCGCAUUCCCCCUCGCUGCCGUUUUAUAUCUCGGCCUGUUUCCGCCGAAAUCUGGUGUGGCGCACGGGACCGACCGUAAACAAACAGCCGCUCGGGUGGGAGAGAGCUCAGCAAGCGACCUCUGAAGGGUGUGAGUCUGCGUUGUUAUUGCAUUUUUCAGCCCGUUAGUUGUACAGUAAGCGUGUGUGUGUUUGUGUGGAUAACACAGUGUUCAGAUAUGGCUGUACAAGACUGAGAGUCCAAGGAGCCAGCGGCAUUAUGGGAUGUAGCAGGACUGUGCAGUGACCCCGCUCAUUGGAAGGAAACACUCUGUGUACAGGAGCAGGAACAGGCAGACUAGCCUAAACACACACACACAUACACGCACACACACUCAUCCAUUUCCACACACGCCCCAGCAGCCAUGCCUGUGUUCAGUGGCCUGUUGAAGGUGCGAGUGUGUGAAGCAGUGGACCUGAAGCCCACACCAUGGGCUCUGCGUCACGCUGUUGGCAAGAGUGGCUCCUUCCUGCUGGACCCUUACCUGGCUCUCAAUCUGGACCAGACCCGACUCGGCCAGACCGCAACCAGGACCAAGACUAACAGCCCCGCCUGGCACCAGGAGUUCUGCACUGAGGUCCGAGAGGGAAGGAGUCUGGAGCUGUCGGUUUUCCAUGAUGCACCCAUCGGAUAUGAUGACUUUGUGGCCAACUGCACCAUCCAGCUGGAGGACCUGCUGCAGAACGGGACCAGGCACUAUGAAGACUGGAUUGACUUGGAGCCAGAGGGGAAGGUGUACGUGGUCAUCGAUCUGUCUGGAUCCUCCACUGAAGCCACGGGGACCAAUGAGAACGAGGAGCGUGUGUUUCGAGAGAGGAUCGGUCCUCGCCGGCGGCAGGGAGCCGUCCGAAGACGCGUCCAUCAAGUCAACGGGCACAAGUUCAUGGCCACCUACCUGAGACAACCGACCUACUGCUCACAUUGCAGAGAUUUUAUCUGGGGCGUGCUGGGGAAGCAGGGAUACCAGUGUCAGGUGUGUACGUGUGUCGUCCACAAGCGCUGCCAUGAGCUCAUCAUCACCAAGUGUGCCGGGAUGAAGAAGCAGGAGGACACACCCGAGGAGGUGGGCUCACAGCGGUUCAGUGUUAACAUGCCCCAUAAGUUCAGUAUCCACAACUACAAGGUCCCCACGUUCUGCGACCACUGUGGCUCCCUGCUGUGGGGCCUCAUGAGGCAGGGCCUGCAGUGCAAAGUGUGUAAGAUGAAUGUGCACAGGCGGUGUGAGACCAAUGUAGCUCCUAACUGCGGUGUGGACGCCCGAGGAAUCGCCAAGGUCCUGUCUGACCUGGGAGUCACGCCUGACAAGAUCUCCAACACCGCACAGCGCAGGAGGAAGUUGACUCCAGGGCAGGACCCUCCCCAGUCUCCUCCUGAGCUCUCCCAGACUGAGGAGAACAGCUUCAGCCAGCCAGCUGUCCCCACCUCCCCCUCCCAGCAGGACUUGGCACAGUUAGAACGCCUGCAGGACACGCUGUCACUCGACCAGCAGGGACCCCAACACUCCUCCUCCUCCUCCUCUUCCUCCUCCUCCACCACCUCCUCUUCCUCCACGUCCUCCUCUUCCUCCUCGGCAGGCAGGGAGAACGGACAGAUCCAGAGGAGGACCCUCAAAGACUUCAACUUUAUCAAGGUUCUCGGCAAAGGCAGCUUCGGCAAGGUGAUGCUGGCGGAGCUGAAGGGGACGGAGGAGGUUUAUGCCGUUAAAGUGUUGAAGAAGGACGUGAUCCUGCAGGACGACGACGUGGACUGCACCAUGACCGAGAAGCGCAUCCUCGCCCUCGCCCGCCGACACCCCUACCUCACCCAGCUCUGCUGCUGCUUCCAGACACGGGACCGUUUGUUUUUUGUAAUGGAAUAUGUGAACGGAGGAGACCUGAUGUUCCAGAUUCAGCGAUCCAGGAAGUUUGACGAACCUCGCUCCCGUUUCUACGCCGCCGAAGUCACCUCAGCCCUCAUGUUCCUGCACCGCAACGGGGUCAUCUACAGGGAUCUGAAGCUGGAUAACAUCUUGCUGGACGCAGAGGGACACUGUAAGCUGGCGGACUUCGGCAUGUGCAAAGAGGGCAUCAUGAACGGAGUGACCACCACCACCUUCUGUGGUACGCCAGACUACAUCGCCCCCGAGAUCCUGCAGGAGCUGGAGUACGGAGCCUCGGUGGACUGGUGGGCCCUGGGGGUGCUCAUGUAUGAGAUGAUGGCCGGACAGCCUCCGUUUGAAGCCGACAACGAAGACGACUUGUUCGAGUCAAUCCUCCACGAUGACGUCCUCUACCCCGUGUGGCUCAGCAAAGAAGCUGUUUCUAUCCUCAGAGCGUUCAUGACCAAAAACCCGGCCAAGCGUCUGGGCUGCGUGGUGAGCCAGGGCUGCGAGGAGGCCAUCAAGACCCACGCGUUCUUCAGAGAGAUCGACUGGGUCCUGCUGGAGCAGAGGAAAGUCAAACCCCCCUUUAAACCCCGGAUUAAGACCAAGCGAGAUGUGAAUAACUUUGACCAGGACUUCACCAAGGAGGAUCCCGUGUUGACGCCCACGGACGAGGCCAUCAUCCGACAGAUCAACCAGGAGGAGUUCAAAGACUUCUCCUACUGCGCCCCCGAGGAGACGCAGACCUAACACACACACACACACACACACACACACACACACACACACACACACCCAACAACACUAAACCUGGCACGCAUGUACGCACACAUUGCUGACACUCAUACAUGUGUAGAACCAUAAAUCCCUUUACAAAACACUCUCUCUCACACACACACACACACACACACACACACACGUGCGCGCACACGGUCACUCCUUUACUUUGAAGCUAUUGGUUGUUGUUACUUUUUGGAAUAUUCUUUACUUGCAUUGUGUUGUUCUUGUUGCCUGGGUUUAUUAUGAAUAUAAAUAUGAAUAUGACUAUGAAUAUGAAUAUACACACCUGCACAUGCUCUCUCUCACACUCACACAC